CAUCUGUGGGUAUGAAGGUGACGGAACAUGGCUACGUCACAAACGAGUAUGUUGUCUCGUGAUGUUGUUUUUCAGCAGUGUUUUGGUUCCUGUAUAAAACCACCCGUGUCCUUAUCUUGCAGUCAAAGUUGUCGAUAAGGGCAGACAAGAACUUCAUACACUGAGCAGCAAAAAGGGUGGCUAUUUGCAGGACUGUCUACUCUCUACAAAUACAAAUCACCAAUAAUGUUGGCAGUUUGUCUCCUCACUUUCGUCGCUGCUUUAACUACCGCAGCCCCGGCACCCGAGCCUCCUAAUGGAAUUCGUCAAUGUGCACGCUCAGAGUGCCCCGUCUAUACGGAUUUGGAAGAUUAUGGUCUGGAUAUGUGGAAGAGACGGAUCGAACCAGGAGUUUGGGUGCGUAAGGUUGCUCCAACCUGCAACCGAACUACUGCGAUAGGUCUAGUCUACAUGGACAUGCAUAACUACUUUAGGGACAACGGGAUUAAUCGGACAACACCGCUGAUGAUGGAAAUCUCGGAAAACAAGGCCGAGCCAUCUUUCUGUCCUGACAAAUCAAAAUUCUUCCCUUGCUGUGACAAAACCUACGCACUUCUCUUCUACAUUCCUGCAGUUUCGCAGGCAACCGCCCCACCCCCAUCGAAGGAAUCUGGGGUGGAGCUAGUGCACAUGGAAGAUCCCCGGGAGUUCUACGGCAUCACCUUCGGUGGGCGACCGGUCACUCACAAUGUGACAGCGAAAUACAAGCAGCUUUCUGAAUUCCUAGACGAUAAGGGCAUUCCAUUCGAGGACGACGCUUUCCUUGUUGCAAUGUAUGACUCAUCACGGCGGCCUCUGCCUCAUCGUAAUGAAAUCCUGAUUCCUAUCAAGAAACCAGGCGGAAGUCAUGAUGGUAAUGAUGGCUUCGACUACGAGAACGACGGACAACAGAACGAACGACAAGAGAGCCAAGCCAAUUCGGCAGUUCAGUGGUCUCCUAUUACCAUAAUGAAGUUAUUUUUGUUAUACCCUGUAAUUAUGUUCUUUCAGAAAUGGUAAUAAAUUCAUUCACUCGUUCGUGGUCAUUCCGAAACACAAUUUUUUUCAUGCGGGGGGGGGGGGCAUAAUUCCGAAAACGUUGUAGGGUUCAUAGUUGUUGCGUUAUUCCAAAGGUUCGGUUUCCUGGAGGAUC